CCAAUAAAAAAAAAAUCAUGUCCUCCAAUUGUGUGGGUCAAAAUUUAUUGCUCCCUAUCUUUCUCUCUCACUCAACAAAACCAAACAGUAUAUUGGGGUUUCCUUUAUUUCUCAAUUCAUCUUCUCAUUUUCAAACUAAAUUAGAGAUAAGUGUAAGAGAUCGAAGCGGUAAUUAAGGAUGGGAAGAAGGAAGAUAGAGAUGAAGCGAAUCGAAGAUAAAAGCAGUCGUCAAGUUACGUUUUCGAAACGGCGGUCUGGUUUGAUCAAGAAGGCUCGAGAACUUUCCGUUCUCUGUGACGUCGAUGUUGCUGUUCUUGUCUUCUCUAAUCGCGGUCGCCUUUACGAAUUCGUUAGCGGCUCCUCUUCUUCUUCCAGUUUGUCUCAGAUUCUUAAGCGCUACCAAGAUUCUAUCGCCACAGAUGGGAAAGCUUCAAUGGUUGUUGAUGAAACAGAGAGUUCCCCUUCUACAUGCACAGAAGUCCAAACAUGUAGUGAACUAGUAAACACAGUUGAAAGGUAUCUAGAAGGCCCAGAUAUUGAGAAACUUAGUCUGGAUGAUUUCAUGCAGCUGGAGAAGCAACUAGCUGAUGCCCUUCUACAGACCAGAAACCGAAAGGCUCAGCUUAUGCUAGAAUCUGUGGCUGCACUACAUGAAAAGGAGAGGACGCUGAAACAAGAGAAUGAACAGCUGAAGGAUGAGGUUGCAAAAUUGAUGGGCAAUUCCAACAGAGGAAACCAUACAGAUUUAGAUUUAAACGGUGUGAUGGAGGAGGGAGUGGAGGGUGAUGAUAUACAAGGCCCUCAACCGGCAGCAAUAUUGAUGGAUAAUUCCAACAGUGGAAACAACGCAGAUGUGGAUUUAAACAACGUGGUGGAGGCGAGUUCUCAUAUACAAUGCCCUCAGCCGGUUGCAAAAUUGAUGCCCAAUUCCAACUGUCGAAACCAAACAGAUUUAGAGUCAAACAACGUGGAGGAGGUGGGUGCACAUAUAUCAUGCCCUCAACCGGUAAGAACACUUCCUCUGCUAUGGUAGCAGCUGUAGGGGGAUGAGCCUAAGCAUUUGGAUUUUUAAUUUUAUUUUUUCUUUGCACUGGUAAUGCUAAUUGGGCUAUCUAUAUACAAUAAAAGUUCCUUAUUUUUCUGAUGAGGACUCGCAUUCUCAUUUGAUUCCAUUGUCUCCCAAUAUGUAAAACUAUGAUCGUCUGUUCAUACCUAUUUAUUAACUACUAUACUACACCAGUGUAAUAAUUCUAAUAAAGUAGAUGCAGUGUAAUAAAGCAUUAAUUUGCAGACAUGGUGAGGAUUAAUGUAUUGUAUAUUUACUUCGUCAAUA